UCUGGGCUCCAGCGGUGAGUGAGCUGCGCCUGCUGCCCGUGCGGGGGCGGUCCUGGCGCUUCCCACGCAUCAUCCCUAGCCUCUGCAGCAGAACCCCCGAGCAGGGCAGUGUCGCCCCAUAUCUCCGCCCUGCUGCAGCGGCCUGCGUUACUGCCACGGUGCUGCGGCUGCAGAAGCUGCGGCAGCCUGGGGUGCAGCCUUUGCGCUGUGCGGACCGGGAGCAGGAGAUCUGGGCAGCGUCACCGCGGCCUAUCCGCGCUCCCUUCCGCAUCCCCGCCCCUCUUUCGCGCCUCCUCCGGGGCUGAGUGGAGUACGCCGCACACUGCGGCAGCUCUGGGUCCGGACUGCCCCUGGGAGGCACACCCACCUCUCCCGGCCGCACCCCUGCGCAGCAGCAUGUCCGCGCUUGAGUGGUACGCCCACAAGUCUCUGGGCGAUGGCAUCUUCUGGAUUCAAGAGCGCUUCUACGAGUCAGGCAACCGCGCCAACAUCUGGCUGGUGCGCGGCUCCGAGCAAGACGUGGUGAUCGACACGGGCCUGGGGCUGCGCAGCCUCCCGGAGUACCUCUACUCCUCCGGCCUCUUGCAGGACUGCGGGGCUAAGGAGGAUGCCGGGCGCCGGCCACUGCUGGCUGUGGCCACUCACGUGCACUUCGAUCACUCCGGCGGGCUCUACCAGUUCGACCAGGUGGCUGUGCACCGCGCUGAGGCCGAGGCCCUGGCUCGAGGGGACAACUUUGAGACCGUGACCUGGCUCUCUGACAGCGAGGUGGUGCGAGCCCCCAGCCCUGGCUGGAGGGCCAGGCAGUUCCGAGUGCAGGCAGUGCAGCCGACCCUCAUUCUGCAGGAUGGGGAUGUAAUCAACCUUGGCGACAGACAGCUGACUGUUAUGCACAUGCCAGGUCACUCCAGAGGCAGUAUUUGCUUACAUGACAAAGACCGGAAGGUUCUCUUCAGUGGUGAUGUGGUAUAUGAUGGAUCGCUGAUUGACUGGCUCCCGUACAGCAGGAUAAGUGACUAUGUCGGAACUUGUGAACGUCUCAUAGAGUUAGUGGACACAGGUCUUGUGGAGAAGGUGCUUCCUGGGCACUUCAAUACCUUUGGUGCUGAAAGGCUUUUUCGUUUAGCAUCUAACUAUAUUUCAAAAGCUGGAAUAUGCCACAAAGUAUCUACUUUUGCCAUGAGGUCUCUUGCAAGUUUAGCCCUCCGUGUAACAAAUUCUAGGACCUCACCCUAGUAUCUGUACUGAUCAUUUGCUGGCAUUAACUGUGUAGAUUAACCCAGUUCCCUUGUGUUGUUUAAAACGGUAACUAGUGAGCAUUUCAAAAAGUGCUUUUAUAUAAUCAUAUUGUAUAAUAGAGAAGAAGAGAAUCAAGAAUGAGGAAGCCAAAAAAAAAAAAAAAAAAGAAAGAAAAGAAAAGAAAAAAACAAGCAGUCUUUGCUUUGUAUGUUUUUUUGUUUCCCAAGGAAGAAGCCACUUAAAUGAGCUUGUAGUUGACCAGUGCUGUCAUUUCAGUGUUUGCUUUGGAAAUGCUGUGGGGUGAUGUAGGCAGCAAGGAUACACCCACUGCAGCACAAAGACCUGCCCUUGCUCCUCCUCAGUGUACUUCCCAGGAUGCCCAGGCGGACUCAAAUGCAGUUCUAUGCUUGCGCUUCAUACUUGGUUUUAUUUCUGUAUUUUAUGUAAAGAUAAAGUUUCUUAGAUUCAAAAACAAAGUAGACCUCAAUAUAAAUUUGCAUUUAGAAUGACAGCUAAAACAUCCCAUAUUUGUGAUACUGGAUUUUAUGCCUCCUUUUUUAUUUUUCUUAUUCUUUGUAUAAGACAUAACAUGCUAUAUAAUUUAAUGUAUGAACAGUGCAAUGAAUUUUUGUCUUAUUGCAAAGCUUUAAAUAUAAAUUGCAGAGUGCUUCAAUAAAACACUACUGUUUGUUAUUGUGUAAGUAAUAUUUUCAGUCAUGAAAGUGAAAUUCAAACGUGUGUAACCUAACUUCAGAUUGUCAGAUUUCUUAAAAGGACACUGUCAGGCAAAUUUGAAAAUAUACACAUUGAGAAUAAUAUUUUAUUAUAUCCUAUUUUAGUAUUAAUAGCUAUUAUAAACAAAAUUUUCUGAUUAAAUAGCAACUUCAGUAUUCUGUCAUGUUUCACAGUACCAAAACAAUUCCUGAUGUCUCUGACAUCUUAAUGUAAACUAUUGUUUUGAUUGAUACAACAUGUAUACAUACCACAGAAGGAUUUUUAAAUUAAUUGCAAUGUAUGUGUUAUGUAUUGAUAGAACAAAUGGCCUUCUUAUUAUCCUGAUUCACAACACCUGUCCCUGCUCAGUAUUCUUUGUCAUGAACAAAAACAAGUCUAUGUUUGUAUGUCAUAGAAAACAUGAAAACACUAUUCUGUGAUACUAGGUAAAGUAUUUGGGUUUGGUGCUUUUAAUAAUAAUUUAUCAAAAAGUCUUUUGAAGUAUUUCAUAAAAGUUUUUAAAACAGUUUACCACUACCUUUUUAUUAUUGACAUUUUAUUAUUGACAUUUUAUUAUUGAUAUUCUAGACCAAACAGAUCAACUUUUGGAAAUCAGAUUGUUUAAUAUUGGGAAAAAAUAGCAGUUCUUGUUUUGUGUCAAGUUAUGUAACUUUUUACCCUUCAAACACCCAGGUUAUUUAAUUUUUUUAUUCUUUCAGUAGGCACAUGUGUACAAGUGUGAGUGCACACACAUACACAUACAGGCAUACACACAGUCACACACAUACAUACACAGCACUGUGCUAAACAAUAUAGGGGGUUUGAAAGUGAGAAAAUACAUUAUAGCUGAAUGUUAAAGUCCACAACCCCCCCCAAAAUAAUAUAGGUAAGUUGAAGUUAAUAUAAAUGAUGCUUAAAUGUAAAGGAUAUAAGGAAGGGUGUGAAAUAGGGGAAGGGGAAAUGCCCUGGAAAGGGGGGUGGGGGUUGAGUCAGACUUGGAGAGAGGCUGGGGAAGACGUGAGCCUCAGGCUUCAAAAAUUGCUGAAUGGACUAGCCUAUUCUUCAUGACCAUAUAAAUUUAACUUUCUGAAAUCUCAUUUCUUCUAAGUACCUUGUAUUUAGCAUGACAAAGAUGGGUCUGUGAUAGUAUAUGUGAUUGUAUCUGUAUAUAUUCUUAGAGGCAGAUGUACUGAGCGAUCACAUUCCACCAUGUAAACCUUUGCUGAGAGUCAGAAAGGAGUCCAUGACUGGCUCAGAUAUACAUUGUCAUGAGUAGACUGUCUGUCAUGGUUCUUCAAGAUGGUGGGUCUGUUUCAACUGAUGACACAGUACUGAGAAAAGAGAUUGGUUCAGGGCAACUAUAAUCACUUAGUAAGCCUUAAAUAUAGCCAUUAUUUUUGUAUCAGCAGCACAAAAUAAAGCCAAAAGUCCUUAAUCAUUGACUGUUUUAUCAUAUUUUAGUAUUUGUUUAAGAUCAGGAGAGAGUAGGCAUUAAGUUUUAUUAGGAAAAAUUUAUUCCAGAUGAGAUAUUUCCCUAUUUAUUAAAAGUGCAAUUUUCAGUAUAAGUUGUUAUUUUUGUUGAUUUCCCCAAUCUUUCAAUUUUUUCAAUGGAAGAUUGUGAUAUUCCAGUAUUGUUGCCAUAUGGAAGUAAAUUCAUACUCAUUUAGUAUUCAUGAUACAUUUUAAAUUUGCAUCCUAGUUCUAGCACCAAGAGAUAAUUGACUAGUGUCAUAUACAACAUGGACUAGGAACAAAGCUAGUAACUGAACACAGGUUUGCCUGCUACCAAACUGUGCCCUCUCUUAAACCUGCACAAUCUAUAGAAUUGACCACAUAUAUUUUUUACUUUCCAACAUGUCAUAUAUGGGAAGAACAAAUCAAACAAUAUCAAAUCCUAAUAGCAUUUUUAGAAUAUAAAAAAGAUAUAUUUUCACCCUGACAGUGACCCUUGAUUUAUGAUUUUUGGAAAUAGACUAUUGUGAAUGUAACUCAAAGUUGUCAAAAUGUUAGACAUUUCAAAAAAAUUUUCUUAUUUAUAUUGCUAAUAAUGAACUCGUAGACUUUCACUUUCUUUGCUUAAUUAAUGUCUCCUUUUAAGUGAAAAGCUUAAAACAAACUGAAACCUUGUGUGCUAUGCUGAUGUAGUUGAAUAAAUGGUUAUGUAUAUUUGUUCUUAUAUGGAUAGUAAUAUGAAUGUGACAUGCACAAAUUGUCCUAUAAUUUUCCAAUAAGUAUAUGUAAACAUUGGUGUGAUAACUAUUAAAGUGGCCGUUUAUUUCAGUGUA